AUUAGAGCCGAGCCAAGACAGAGACUGGAUUCGUUGGCAUUGGUCUGCUACACUAUUUGAGGAACAAUGAAAGUGCCAAGACUUGACAUUCGCGCUUCUGUCGACGCAAGUAGAAGAUUCUGACGACACAGGUGUACGACUACGGAACUGAAAGCUGCAGAAGGCUUGCCAGAAUGUCAAGGAGUACGGCCCUAUGGGCGCGGUUUACGUUGCGUUUUACUAGCUGUUCUACCUGCGUGCGCUUGUUGUCCGUAGAGGCGCCAAGGACAGUGACCUGGAACGAUGUCUCGACAGCUUUGCGUCCCUUCUACUUCAUUGUGCAUCCUGACAUGUUCUGGAAUCAUCCUGCCGAAAAAAAGACGAACGAGAACUCUCUCAAGCAACUCAACGCAUAUAUAGAAUCCCUGUUGCAGAAGCAGACGGCGAGGCCAUUGAACCUAAACUUCUAUCUGCGUCAGUUAAAAACCACGACCGUGCCGCCGCAGCCUUUCAAGAACGUACAGAUCAAGCUCGCUAGUCAGAACGUCCAUGCUACUGUACAUAAUGUCCUAACUUCGUGCAGCCUUCCUACUGACAAUCUUGAUUCGCUCAAUCCGAAACAGCAAUCGAAAUCGGCCAGUGGCAGGCCGGAGCACAGGCAGUCGCCGACGCCUGCAAGGUACGAAUACGAGCCCCCCGUGGACGAUGACUUCUUUGCUCGUCACGAGUGGACAGUGGACGGCCGACCCAGCUAUAAUUUGGAGCGGUUCUUACGCGACAACGUUCACACGGCUCGCGAACGUUCGGCGCUGAGCAGCCCCGUUCGAGAAGAAGCGUUUCGCCUGUCCAAGGAGACGGUGACCGAGCUGGGUCUCGAAGACCUGCGUUGGGAAUGUGACUGGGGCUCUGGUCAUUACCGCGGAUCUCUCGAGAGCUUCCGACGACUGUGCCAACAGCAUCCCGAAGUAGCGGCCGGCCUGCGCGGCCGCACGCUGGUACUUGGGAGAACAACAGGCGUUUCGCUCGACGGGCACGUCGUACUGAGCAUCGAGGAUGUACGCCACAGCUGGCUGUCGCUGCUGCGCUCGCUGGCCCGCUACGAUGCAUACGUAAGGCUGGUGCCACCCGCUGAGCGCGCCCUGUCCGAGACGUUGCGCGGGAUUCGCGUCGAGCACCGUAGGUUCAAGCCAGCAGUAGCAGCCAAGGCAUAUGUGCAGCAGCUGAGCAAGCUAACCGUGGCACUCCACCGACACAUCUGGAUCAAGGGCCUCCCUAGUGACUGGCCAGCACGUCUCACAGACCACCAGUUGGGUGUUGAAUGUGAGGCAGGCCCUCUGAUGCUGUCACCUACGGGACAGUUCUUGGCUCCAGCCUCCUGCCCACCAGCGCUUCUCCUGGAUUUUGUUGGCUCACAGUUGUCCACGGCUGAACAGAGACGUCUCCUUUACAGAAGCCAGCGGCGCUUUGAAACACAGUUGCAUCAGCUCUGUGUCGAAACACUCAACCUGGAGUCACUUUCCAAAGAGGAUGAUGUUACGCCGGAUCGGAUGGUGCUUUGCUGCGAGCGGCUCCUCAGGGCAGCAUUGUGGCUAGAACCACUGCUGAGUGGCUGCCGUCUCCAUGUGUCUCACUACUGCUCCGUCCUGCAAGAUGGCCUUAUCUGCCUACCUUGGGACUGGCAUGAGUAGUAGGAACGGCCUUUGCUUACGUACUGGCCAAUAGACCUCAGCCUAGAAACGUGUCACAGCAAAAGCCAGAGGAGCGAGAGCGAUAGUGCAAGCUGUCAUGAAUGAUUGUUCUCGCUUGAAAUCAUGGUGCAAACGCUCCAUAUUUGGAAGUGAAAAGAAGCAUAACUUCUAGUAAGUGCUUUCAGGCAUAGUUCUAAGUGUGAAUAGUUUGCACGUGUGCUGUGUGAGUUUGCCAAGGUUAGUUUGUAAUUAUGCUGUACAAACACAUGAAAAUAGUUGAGGAUCUGUUUUAUGAAUAUUUUACCAGGGCAUGAACAUAUAUGCCACAGGGAUUUGACAGACAGAUGCAACGAAAGUAUGUGGCUUCUCAGUUGAAAAUCGCUAGCUAUGUAAGGCCACAUAUGGAAAAGGUGCCUCAAAGAGAGUUUCCCAACCUUCAAGUAUUUUUUGUGUAUGCUAUACAAGGUACCACAGUCAGGACAGGUAGUUAUCAUAGGUGAGCUUCUUUGGGGUUAGGCCUGGGUCCACACCUGUGUACGGGUAACCUUACUUUUGUUUGCAUUCUACUUGCAUUUGCUCUUCAAGGAUCUCUAAGCAGGCUGGACAUCUUGAAUUUCCUCCCCAUGCCUUCUUCUUGGGUAGCGGCAUCAGCCCUUGUCCCUUUGGACACAAAUUUAUUUGGGUUGGAAGUCUGCUUUGAAGCUGAAAACACUAGCCCACAAGACUCCGUGAGCUGGCACAUGGAGUGAUUGUAUUAUGGAGCGCUUGCUAGUCAUGCAGCAAAAACAAAAAGAUGCCACAGUCACUUCUCUCUGAACAUCUGCAGAGAUUUUUCGCAAGUCGGGGUAAGAGAUAAAUUAAUAGUUGAUGGGGUUUCACUCGUUAAAGUUGCACUUGAGUAUGAGGUGCAUACUUGGCUGCUCUGGAUAACCGGUGGACCAUUAGAGUUACAGAAUGGAUACCAAGAGAAGGGAAGCGCAGUCGAGGACCGCAGUCGAGGACCGCAGAAAACUAUGUGGGGUGAUGAAGUUAGGAAAUUUGCAGGCACAAGCUGGAAUCGGCUAACGCAAGACAGGGGUAAUUGGAGAUCACAGGGAGAGGCCUUUGUCCUGCAGUGGACAUAAAUAUAGGCUGAUGAUGAUGAUGAGGCGCAUGCCAGAUUGGGUUGCUCUAGAUCAAUUUCAACCACCUGGGGCUCUUUAACAUGCACUGAAAUACACAAAUGUUCUUGCCGUCCACCCUGAUUGGAAUGUCGCCGAGAAUCAAACCCACGGCGUCAUGCUGAGCAGCAGAAUGCCCCAGUCACCGAGCCGUGGGUGGGUAGCAAGUGGGGGAGAAAACAUGGAGAAUAGUUUUCUUCUCUUCUCUGCACUCCUUGUCUGAGGGAUGUCCAGUGGAAGCCCUUAGGUAAUAGUUUGGCAUGUCCCAGUUGGAUCGCAAAAAUGAAGCAUAAUCCUGAUCAACUUUCAACCUGUACUGCACAGAAUAUUGAUUUAAAGCAUUUCCUACUGACAUAUACUUUAAUUCAAUCGCAUGCAUACAUUCAAACAUUUUGAAGUGGGAGGAACAGUGUGAUACAUAGUUCUGACAGUGCUGGAGGAAUUACCGAGGGGCACACACAAACUUGUGUUUCGUCUCACUACCCACACUGGCCUGUCCCCAACUCUUUGGCCAAGUUCCACAAGGACAACCCUAAUGGAGGUUUAUGUCGACAUUGCUGCACACUCGCUACUGUAACUUGUAUAGUCUGGAAUGCCCCUCAUUCCUAUUCAGAGAGGAAAAGCAGACAUGAAAGCGAUUCCAAGACAUCUUCGUAGCUGCAUAUGAUGACUGGGUGCUCCUAACUUCACGUGACAGUGCAACUGCCGUGCUCCUGUUGGCCGAGUUUGUAUAUGAUGGGUCAUGUACCAAGUUCCAUGGCAGCUGGUGUCGACCUACUUAGCACCCCCUAUACUUAUACUCGUACAUGCACAGAUGCAGAUAGAGUUAAAACGAAGGUGAAUAAAGGAUCUUUCCUGACAAACAAAAUGCAUGCCAGCAAAAGUGGCUACACUGGUGCCGGUAUCUCAAUUCAGACGGGCGACGUCCUAAUUGUGAAUUUCGACAGUUCUAAAACUGCAUGUGUUGAUCAGAUUAUGUUGCAAAUACAUACCUUUAAUUGAAAACUUAAUUUUGCUGCCAUGUUUAGUAGCUAUUCAGAUCCAUGGGACCGCUUUGUGAUGUCCCCUCUAAUCACAGAGAAGGCAUAAUUUAAGUGUUAGACUUUAAAGUGUGCUGUCGAAAUUUUAGCAGUUCUCAUUUUCAAAUAAGGACAGAAGGUUAAUUUGCACAAUUUAUUGUUGCUUUAACACUUCAACAGUCAUUAAUGAAUGUCUGUGAGUGGCUAUUUUGUGGAUAUCUGAUGGACAUCCAACAUCAAUAUUUCUAUAGUAAGGUGGUUGGAUUUUAAUUGGCCAUUCCUUGGAUAUCUGUAGUUACGUGGGCCCCAGCUGGCCCAGCACCACUGUCUCGCAAUAAAGUUAGCUGGUUUAUUGCUUCACACAUGUUAUGUGAAUGCUUGCCUGUCAACUGCACAUGGCCAAAGUUCUAUUUAGGGUACUUCCAACUAAUAAGUGUAGCAUGCAGGAAUCACUGACUUUUGCUUGGCAUGUUGAUACAAACCUUUAGUCCAGUUAAUGUACAGUAUACUACCAUUAUGACGAGCUUAAAGAGUUCAUACAUGCAGGUUUUAUUAAUAUAUAGUUAGAAAGAAAAAACAAGGAAAAGCUGAGAGGUUAAUCAGAUGGAUGCUCGGUUGGCUACCCUGAAAAACACUUUAUACACGUACAAGCUUAUUUUCUGGAAGUUUUUAUGCACAAAUGCAAUUGCAACAUAAUGCUAACAGUCAAAGGUGGAUACGGGCCUUCGUGUUUGAGCUUAGGUAUGGCAUCGAACUUACAACUGCUGGCUAAAGGUUUAAAUAAAUCAAAUUAUUGGAUUUAACAUCAUGAAGCUGCAUAUACUAGUGGGUUUUGCAGGGUGCCAUAGCGGAGAGUCCUGGAUUAAUUUUGACCACCUGGGGUUCUUUAACGUGCUGCUAAAUCUAAGUGGUACAUAAAUGUUUUUGCAUUUCGCUACCUAUCGAAAUGUGGCCGUCGCAGCCGGGAAUUGAACUCCUGACCUCGUGCUCAGCAGAACGUCACAGCCACACCACAGCAGGUUGGUUGCAGGCACAGAGCAAGUUGCAGGUUUAUAUGGACAGUACAGUUUAGCAACGCUAACUGCAGCAGCCCUGAUGUACUGAUUUGUUUUCUGAAUUCGCAACUUUUAACAAUUUCAUGCUCGUGUACAGCCGGCAUCAAAAGUUUACGUUUCACAGCACCUGAGAGAAAGCAGAAUGUUUCUGCAUCAUGGGCAUGCAGCCGGAUAUGUGCAUUUCAGCCCGCGCUAGUAUAUACAAACAACAUACAGUUGAAUGAGUUUAUUGGCUAAGGUCGCAAACUGCUAGGAUAAUCAACAUUUUCUCCAAUCCCACUGUCUGUAAACUUUUCAUGCCGACUGUAUCUCUUCGAGCAAUAUGAAAGGGAACACCCCAUUUGUUUUAAAUAGCCGUAGUGGCCAAACAUGCAUGCCCUGCAUAAGCAUUUUCAGUGAGACUAAAAAUGUUCUAUAGGAAAUGUUCUAUAAGAAAGAUACUGGUUAAAUACGAACAUAUCAGAUCCGAAUCAGCACAUCAUGAGUAAUCUGUGCUUGAAAGAAAAUUUGGUGCUCCUGCUCGUAUUGCUCGUGACUGCGUGAUAUGCAGGACCUUAGCAGCAGUACAGUCGAUGCUGAGGAA